AUGAUUGACGAACAACAACCCCGUCCCUUUAAGAGGGUCCUAAUAGUAGGCGCCGGUCCCUCAGGCCUCCUCCUCGCCCUCCUCCUCUCCAAACACACCUCCCCUUCUUCCCCUUCCAGCAGGAUCCCCGUAACAAUCCUCGAAGCCUCUCACGAAGUCGACUCCCAACCGCGCGCCGCGCACUACGGCACCCCUUGCAUCCCCGAAUUUAUCCGCGCCGGCAUCAUCGACAAGAUCCGGGAGCGCGGCUUGGUUCUUGACACCAUGACCUGGCGAAAACCGGGGACUUUUGAAGAGUUAGGUGGGUUUGAUGCUAGUGGGUUGAGGGAUGUAGCGCUAGAGGGGUUGGAGGGUGUUCCGAGGGGUGUUUGGGGGUUGGGUAAUGGUACGGGUACGGGUAUAGAGACAGAGAAAGAGACAGAGGGAGGGGGGACAGAGGGGACCGAAGGGGCAAAAAAGAAAAACGGAAAGGGGCAGGAUAUGAGAACGCAUUGUCUUGUUUUGCAAGAUUUGUUGAAGUUGAUGCUUGAGGAGUGUUUGGAGCGCGGGGUGGAGGUGUUGUGGAGGCAUAAGGUUUUGGGGGUUGGGCACACGGGUUUGGGAACUAGAAGUAAGGAGGACGGUAAAGGCGGAAAGGGCGGGGAGCAAAAGGAGGACGGAAAGGAGGAAGGAAAGGGAGAGGAGAAGGGGGCGUGGGUUGAGGUUGAGGUUACCGGCGACGAUGGAGAGGUGAAAGAAAGCAAGAAAGUCGGUGGGGAGGGAUACAUCGUGGUGGGAGCGGAUGGAGCGAAUAGUGCGGUUAGAAAGGGACUGUUUGGGGAUGAGUUCCCGGGCUUUACGUGGGAUAGGACGAUUAUUGCUACGAAUACCUACUACGACUUUGACAAAUUCGGCUGGUCCGACGCGAAUUUCAUCAUCGAUCCCGAGAACUUCUUCAUGGCAGCACGCAUAGCCGCCGCCACCUCCACCCACCCAGCCCUCUACCGCAUCACCUACGGCGAAGUCCCCAACCUCACCCGCGCCCAGUAUUUGUCGCGGCAACCCUUCAAAUUCCAAUCCAUGCUCCCCGGCCAUCCCACGCCCGACAAAUACCAACUAAUCACCCUCUCGCCCUACCGUAUGCACCAGCGCUGCGCGCCCUCCUUCCGCGUCGGCCGUAUCUUGCUAGUAGCCGACGCCGCGCACCUGUGCAACCCCUGGGGCGGACUGGGUAUAACCGGUGGGUUCGUUGACGUCGGCGGACUGUACGAUUGUUUGGCGGGUGUGUGGGAUGGAAAGGCCGAUGAGGAGGAGAUCUUGGGGUUGUAUAGUGAGAAGAGGAUUGAGAAGUGGAAGGAGAUAAUUAACCCGUUGAGUCAGGAGAAUUUUCGGAGGGUGAGUGGGCAGGCGGAUUUGGAAGGGGAUGAGUUUUUGGAGGUCUUGAGGGAGGUGGACCCCAAGACGAAGGGGAAUGGGGGAGGGGCGUUGAAGAGUGUGUUGUUGGGGAUGAUGGGUGUUAGGUAUGAUUUUACGAGGCAUUAUAAGCGGUAG